CAAUGCUCAUCUCGUAUCAUCACAAUUCUGUUCUCCGAUUGAUGUGUCAAGUGAGUUGGCGUGAGGAAGUAUUCAUAUCUUUUUUGGGUGCAGGUUCUUGCAACUAGGACAGGAAAAACCACAAGCAAGAUCCUACACUAAGAGGCCGCUGGAAAGGCUAUAGAGGUUGAUUACGGUCGAGGUGCAGAAGGCCUUGUAGCUGCCUCUUUUAGCCCUAUCCCUAUCUGCUUACUCCCAUGCAAAUAUGGUAUGCCUUCGAUGCUUUACUGGAGAAGGUCUCUAGUCGAAAUUAAGUCCACCAUGGGUCAGAAAAGAUUACCUUUGAUUUUAAUCUUGACGUUACUUUGUCACAGAAGCUUGCAGCAAAAUGCAAUCACAAAUUCAACGAUCCCUCUUGUUAUAAAUACCUGGGCAUUUACUAAAGCGACAUAUGUAGCAUGGCAAACUUUGACCCAUGAAAUGAAAUCAGCUAUUGACGCUAUAGAAGCAGGUUGUACCAAAUGCGAGGAUUUGCAAUGUGAUCAUACUGUCGGUUAUGGAGGCAGCCCUGAUGAAAAUGGAGAAUCGACACUCGACGCUAUGAUUUUUGAUGGAGAUACAAUGAACAUGGGGGCUGUCGGUGGUCUGAGGAGAAUAAAACAUGCAAGUUCAGUUGCUAGGAAAGUUCUUGAACAGACUGAGCAUUCUAUUCUCGUUGGUGAAUUGGCUACAGCAUUUGCUAAAAAGAUGGGAUUUGUAGAAGAAUCCCUUUCUACAAGUUAUUCUUCCAAGAUUUAUGAGGAAUGGAAGUCGAAGAGCUGCCAGCCAAAUUUUUGGACUGAUGUUACGCCUGAUCCUAAAAAGGAUUGUGGACCAUACAAACCUGUUAUAAAAAUCAAUGAAAAGAUAAAUGAUCGGUUUCCUACAGAAAACCGAAUCAAUGUUUGGAAUCAUGACACAAUCAGUAUGGUAAUCAUUGAUAAAAAUGGUUCCAUUGUUGCUGGAACAUCUAGUAAUGGAGCUAAUCAUAAAAUCCCUGGGCGAGUUGGUGAUGCCCCUAUACCAGGUGCUGGUGCUUAUGCAGAUAGUAAAGUUGGUGCUGCAGUUGCAACAGGUGAUGGUGAUAUCAUGAUGAGAUUUCUGCCAAGUUCUACUAUUGUUGAAAUGAUGAGAAAUGGCAUCAAACCAAAAGCAGCUGUUGACAAACUCAUAAGAAGAAUUGCAAGUUAUUACAAAAAUUUUUCAGGUGCUAUCAUCGCUGUAAAUAAAGAUGGAGAAUAUGCAGCAUCCUGUCAUGGAAUUAAAUCAUUUCCUUAUUCGUUAGUUUCGUCAAUGAAUCCUGUUGUGACAGUGCAAACAGUUACUUGUAUUUAACUUAUUGUGUGGCAAUACAAUUUUGUGAUUUCUUUAAUGUGAUUCUUUUCUGUAAUUAAAUAUUAUUUUUGUAUGCUCUAUA